ACAGUACAUAAAACACAAUUCAGACAUUGGUUAGAUCAGUUGGCCAAUUCCACGUUUCCUCUAUCUCUAAAUAAUCCCAUGACACUGCCAUCGGAUGAGGUGCGACUGCUUUCACAAGAGCUCUUUUCUGAAAUCAAACCAUUUUGUGUGGAGUUAACCAAUUUGGCACUUUUACCAACUGGUGCCUUUGAUGGAGAUUCUAGAAGCUUACUAGACGCAUUGGCCAAGGUAGAAAACACAUUAAAAAAGCAUUAUCUGAGACAUAAAGGAGUUCAAUAUCGUUUAUCAGCCAAUAUAGCUGAUUACAUAUUCUUCCCAUUAUCAAAUCUUUUACAGAAACCAAGUUUAAAUGAUUCCAUUAUUCAAUACAUCCUUGGAAUAUUAGCAUUCCUACUUGAGCAUGUGUGGAGCUUUGACCCAAAUCCUGCUUUAAUGGGUCAAUUGUACCCAUUGGUGACGUUUUUAUUGGGGGGAGCUAAUACUUCCAGUCAACAGAAAUCCAAACUUCUAACUGCCAAUCUUACCGUUGAAUUCAAAUAUUCUGGGAUUCUGUGUAUCAACACAAUAAUCAAAUCAUUGCCACCAGAUUUCUACGGUCAAUCUACUAAGAAUUUGGGGUUAUUGGGGAAUACAAUUACUGUAGUUCUUGAAGUUAUAGAGAGUUGCACCAAUCCAACUUCAACAGAAGAAAUUGAACUUGUUACAUUAAGUUUAGACACCCUCACAUUAUUAUACGCCACACACAUUACUCCCGAGAAUGCGUCACAUGUUUUCCCCGGUACUAUCUCUAAAUUGAUCAAUUUCUACACUAUGUCAAGGUCUUUAAAUUUCAAGAUUAUUUGCGAUAUCUUACGCCUUAUUCGAAUCAUGAUUGUAAAAGUUUUCAGCGAUGAAAGCUUACAAAUCGAAGUAAGGGAAUCGAAGGAGAUGACAUUAGAAGAUCUUGGUGAAAUGUGGGAUGAAGAUGACAAUCAAUCCGAUCAGAACCUACAAACAACUCUUGUUGCUAUACCAUUUGACAUGCCAACUAAUACUGUCCAUAGAACAAAGUCAUGGCUUAAAGCAACUUCUAAGCAACUUAAAAUCUCAUUAGUGAUAUUAUUCAAAGAUCUUCUUUCUAAUGCAAACAAUGUAUUGAAGGUUCAAAACAAACUUGAAAUACAACAAGAGAUAAUCCAAUUUUUCAAACAAACCAUCAAUAAUUGUUUUAUCUCAUUAUUCAACGAGUUGAUCCCACUUGCAUUUGAUAUAUUUUCCAUGUUAAUAUCCGUGCGCACCCAGAGAUCUGGAUCUCGAUGGGUUGAAGAUGAAUCAGCAAUGGUGUCGAGUCUCAGUGAAGUGUUCACUGGAUCUUCAAUAGAUUACAAUAAAGGGAAAGUCUUGUAUAACCAAGUUCAAUUAAAAUUAUCAGACUUGAUUAACAAUAGACUUUCAUCCGUCAUGGUUUCUAUCGACAGUGAUAGAAUUCGAUUAUAUAUAAUAUCAAUGAAGUUCCAAUUUAAAGUACUUCUGUUACUUUCUCAAAAAUUAAGCAUGGGUCAAGAGGAAAAUGAAUUAUUAAUUACGAACUUAGUUGGUCUCUUACAAAAUGAAUUAGUAAGGUCCUUUGUAUAUGGAGCACAAAAGAAAGUUAACAAGAAAGAUAUUCUUUCUAUUUUAUCUGGACAAAAGACAGUUACAACUACCAAUAACGAGACUGAACAAGAACUGGUCAAAGAAAAUAAAUUUGAUGAAGUUGAAUUACCCCCAUAUAUAGAUGCAACUAAGAUUGCGACAAUCAACACACAACAGCAACUGACAUCAUCUUCACCGUCCACUUAUUCAAACAACAUAGCCAUGUUGGCCACUACUGAUAUUGACAAAUUAACUCGAGUAGAUAAUGAAAUUGAUAAUUACUUUCAGGGUAUAUUCACGGCUAGUAUUGAAUCCCAAAUUGUCGAAUUAAUAACUUACUUGGGUAACUUGAAUAAUUCCAACUUAUCUUUAACAUUAAUUGAAAACAUUUUGACACAAGAACUGUUUGCAAUUUCUGAUGAUUCAGAACUGAUAUUAAACAAGAGUAUUGGGCUUUGGAUGGCCAACAAUUUAUUCUCUAAAGUGAAACAGAAAAAUAAAGUUGUGGACUCAAAGUUCAAUAUCGAUGAUUUUUUAGUGUUUGAUGAAGAUCAAAGUGAAGUUACCAAAGAAUAUACCAGCGGAGUUAUUGACCAUUCAGAGAGUCCAAUGGAAGUUUUGGAAGAUGUAACAUACAUGAUUAUGAAUUCUUCUCAGGAAUUGAUAGAUAUGGCUUCCGAAAAGUUGAGAGAUCCCGAGAGUUUAAAAGUUGUUUCCAAACAAUCUACCACCAAUAAUUUUAAAGUUUAUGAGAUGGCCUAUGCCGUGGCUAUUGAUUCGUUAGGUACACUAUCAGGUCAAAUGACUCAAGUAGAUUUCCAACAGGAUUUCCUUAUUGAAUACUUGUAUCCAUUGCUAGAGGCGCUUACAUUUCUGAGUACGCCAUUAGUCCAAUCUCGUGCACGUAUCUCAUUAGAAAAAAUCGUUAGUAACCACUACCAUGGAUCAUUGGAAAACUUAAUUAUGGAAAAUCUGGAUUAUCUAGUCGAUUCUCUCAGUUUAAAACUUUCAGUUGCAAGUUCUCUAUCACCAGCGUUACCUGGAAUACUUCUCGUCAUUCUCAAGAUAUGUGGCGUUCAACUAUUGUUAGAAAAUCAAUUGCUGGAUAUUUUGUCUGAAAUGUUCACAUUAAUUGAUUCAUACCAUGGAUAUGCCUCGUUGGUCGAGGGGUUCUUUAUUGUGUUCGAGGAGCUCAUCCAACAAGUCAAAAUUCAUUUUGCCCGAGAUUCAGUUAAGAGAAUUAUGAAUGAUUCAGAAAACAUUUCAAAAUAUAAGCCCUGGGGUAUGCAGAAUGUAAAUCAAUUACUCAAGUUGAUCAGCGACUCUGAGAAAGUCAUUGAUCCAUAUGGAGAUUAUGAUUCUUCGAAGGAAUAUUUCAAGAGAAAGAGCGACAAGCCAUUUAGUGAACAAUUUUCAGACUCCGAUGAUGAAGAUAGUGACAAUGAAGACGAUAACGACGAACAACCUAAAGAAACAAAGGAGGAGGACAUUUGGACAUCAAAUAUUCCUAAGCCAAUUUAUCUUGUCCUCGAAAAGAUAUUUAACUACGGUUUCCGUUUAUUGUCACAUUCUUCUCUCAGUUUAAGAAUUCGCAUAUUGAACAUGUUGUCUCAAGUCUAUCCAUUGCUAUGUACCGAUUAUAAAUUGGUCUUACCUCUAAUUUCUAGACAUUGGCCAGUCUUAAUGUCUCUUGCUGGAGGUGCUUCCAAUUUAUCUGUGGCAACCACUGAACUUUCACACGAGAAUUCCAAAUUCAUCCUCCCAUGCUUGACGCUAUUAACUGUCAUCAUUGAACAAGAUCGCGAGCAAGAUGAGGCCUUCUUAGGACGUAAGUUCUUGGAAAUGUGGGAUUUCUUAACCACUCGCUCUCAUCUUUUCCCAGGAAAUAAUAAAACCAGGGGUAAACCUACGUCCUCCGUUGUUAUUCUGAAUCCAAAAAUCAUAUCGGCGUAUGCAAAGCUUGUUAUUACUGGUCUCGAUAUAUAUAAAAGAAUCAUUCCAGACUCGGUAGCUUUUGAAAUGACUACAUUUUGCUGGAAAUCAGGUCUUCUAAAAUCAAACUCCGACCUUUCAAACAUCGGAAUCGAAACUCGUAAUAUCCUUUGGGUUUUGAAAGAAAACUACAAGUAUCAAUAGAUAAAAUUAAUACCAUAUCCAGUAUAUUCCUUUUAUUUAAACGUGUAUUCAU